AUGGUAGUGCAAGACUGCGACGCAGCAUACUACUCCUACUCAUCUUUAAUUCAGAAAAAUGAUGUAGAAGCUGUUGAGGCUCUACUGAUUAAUGGCAUAAAUCCCAACUACAAUCCAAGAGGGAAAAUCAAAAUCCCAUUAAUUGAAGCCGUCAUCUCAAGCUCAAUUAAUGUGGUUUCUAUUCUAUUGCGCCACAGAGCUCUGCCAUAUCUCACUUUGAAUGGGGAUGGCACGGCUUUGCAUUAUGCGGCAGCUCUAGGGCACACGAAUAUUGUUCGUUUGCUUAUUAGACACGAAGCUAACAUCAAUUCACCCAACAAAGCUGGUUAUACUCCUCUCUUUUUGGCAAUUCAGUAUAACCACAUCGAGACUGCGAGGCACCUUAUUGAAAUGGGCGCCAGUCUUCACGCACAAUGCAAAGAGACGGCUCUUACGCUAGCAAGCUAUGCUGGACACUAUCAGUUAGUGAAAACAAUUACUUCCAAAGUGCCGAAUGAGGAGAAGGAUCAGAAACGCGAAUACUAUGUAGCCUUAUCGCAAGCCUCCUUCAAAGGAUUCACUAGAAUAAUUAAAUUAUUGCUAAGGUUGGGAGCGGACGUAAAUGCAUCUUAUGAGGGUGUUAGCCCCCCUCUGUUUGCAUCGAUCUAUGGAAACAGAGUUAUAACUGCCAGAUAUUUGAUAUCAAAGAAUGCUAAUAUUGAAGCUCGCAACCAGGGUGGAUACACUCCUCUCAUGGAAGCUGCAAAGCGCGGUCAUGAGGGCAUGAUGAAAAUUCUUCUAGACGCUGGCGCUGACACAAAUGCUAAAUCGCUGAUUGAAAAAGAAACCGCAUACGAAUUCGCGCAAUCUGGAAAAUUUCAUGAUGUCUGUGUCCUGUUGGCAAAGCACAAUAUUAAAGAACACGCUAUUUGA